UUUACAGAGGCUGUGACGCCACUGUGAUGCAAAGGGAAAAAACUUGUUUCCAAGAUGGCGUCGUAGAAGAGUGAGUCCAUUGGAAAACAAUAGCGAACGAGGGGAGGAAGAGUUUGUUUGGAUUUUCAGAUAUUUUUUUUUUAUAUAAUUAUUUGUUUAAAUGUUAAUCCAGGCCUCGGAAUUUCAGUAGAGUUUUUUUUUGGUGGGCUUUUUUUUGGUAAUUUGGCGUUUUUAUUUUUCUUAACAUGCACCUUUUUUUUUGUGUACAUCCAUGUAGUUGUCCAAAGAAGAUACUUUAUAAGCAGCAACUACUAAGUAAAAAAGUUAUUUUCAUAUAUGUAUAUAUACAUAUUUUUUAAAUCAACGGUUGUCAAUGUCUGUGCCUGGUAUUUAAAUCGGUCUGUGAAUUUUCAUUGUGUAUUUUGGGGGAAGCGCCAGGCAGUGUUUUGAAUCUGUAUUGUAUCGAACGGGACAGGGUAACAAAAGUGAGUUUAAAUUAACUUUUUUUUUUCAUAAAACAUGUCCUGUUAUUAGUCGAUGUAAUUUUCAGCGGUUUUUUUGCUAUUGUUUUUAAUUGUUUUACUGGCCAAGAUCGGCGUCUGUUGUUAGAAAAAAAAACGGAGGUCUUCGAUAGCAUGUUGGACUGCAGUGUAUAACUUGUGAGAAGUUUCUGUGCAACUGAAAACAAGUAGCCUACAGUUCCCAAGACUUUCAUUUUCUUAUACUUAACCCGAAACUACUUAUUAGUUUGACUGUCGGUGAGUUUUAAAAUGUUUUUUGAUUUAAUGUAGGUGUUCUUGGUUUGUUUCCUUAAGUGUUCUUGUUUUUUUUUUAAAGUUCAUAGUGGAUCGGCUGAAGCUAGUUUAGAGAGUAUGUGAUUGAGUAGUUGAAUAUGCGAAACUUUGUUGCCAUCGUAUCAAUACUCCAGUCAGUAAGGGAAGGUGCAGUGAUUUGCUUCAGUAGCCUAGCAGCAGUUGUCACGAUUUUACUCCUACAGUUUCGUUUUUUUUUUUAAAUAAAUAUUUCGUUUUAUUUUGAAAGUAUGAUUGUUUUUCUGUAGGACGUAUUUUCACGCCGCUGUCUAUACAAUUUCUGUCAUUGCCUGUGUUAAGUAUUUCAAGCAAUAUUAAGGAGACUGGGUUGUUAAAUUAAAAACUGCACUUCAAUAGUUGGAGUCGUUACUGCAAAACCAUGUAGACUGAACAGAACGCAUCGACUUUUUAUGGCGUGCAGUAUCCAUCGUGAAUGUAGUUUGGCAGAAAUCAAUAGAAACACACCAUCUUUCUAGCCUGACACCAGUUAAACCAGAGCUCUUAGUCGGAACUGAUUAUUUACAUGCCCUUUGAUGAUGGCGGAUUUUGUUGUGCCGCGACACAGCGCGGUGAUGGAGAGGCUCAGGCGGCGGAUCGAGCUUUGCCGGCGGCAUCACAGCGGUUGCGAGAGCCGCUACGACAACACGGCUAUGGAGCGGCUAGAGAUGGAAAGGCAGCACACCUUUGCACUGCAUCAGCGCUGUCUCCAGACCAAAGCCAAGCGAGGCAGCAAGCACAGGCAGCCACAGCCUGCACCCGAUCAGACUGCACUAAGGGGGGCUGGCACUGGAGGCAGCAACUCUGACAUGCCGGAUAGUGGGGCCACCGAGCAGAGCAGGAACAGCACCCUAAUUGCGCUCCAAGAAACGGUUAAGAGGAAGUUGGAGAAUGCUGCAUCUCCACUGAAUGGGGAUCAAAUGAACGGUUUUGGAGAUGCAUACUCUGCAAACAAGAAGCCCCGGCUGGAUGAUCCUCUGAACACCAUCAACGGGGUAUCCAACGGUUUACCACCUGUCUCCCCCUUGCACCAAUUGGACACAAAGCACUCUGGUAGUAGGGAGAGGCUGCUACCCAAUGGGAAUCAUUCUUUGGGCCUGGACCGGCUGAACAACAAAAACACUGUCGGCCUUCAUGAGCCCAGCCUAGGCGAGAACCGGGAGCUGGAUGACCGAUUUCUGCUCAAAGAGUUCAAACAGGAGCCGGAGGAUGAUAUUUUGCCAAGUUUGCCGCCUGCCGGCAGCAACCUCAUGCCUGACCUUAAUCUGAAUGAGCAAGAGUGGAAGGAGCUAAUUGAGGAGCUCAACCGCUCUGUACCAGACGAGGACAUGCAGGACAUUUUCAAUGAUGACUUCGGAGACCGGAAAGACCCUGAUCCCAUGACUCCAGCCACGCACACACUCUUGCCGCAGGAUGCAGUCAGCAUCAAGGCAGAGUUCUCCCCGGCAGCCACAUCUUUUGACCAAGAGCAGCGGACAGUGUCCCCGCAGGUGAGGCCCAUGUCUUCUGGUCCUCCACAACACACCCCUUCCUCGACCAACACCACUAAAGCCUCUUCACCAGCGAUGCCUAACUCGCAGCCUCCAAGCCAGCCCCAAAGGCAACUGCCACAGAAUGUCUUGUUGCCUAAACCUUCCUCCAACGAGCUGUCCUUGGCUCUGCAGCUUCAGCAGCUGGCAGCCCGGGAACAGCAGAGGGCUCAGCUCAUGCAGAACCAACAGCAGCAACAACAGGUACAGCAGCAGCAGCAGCAGCAAGCUCAGACAUUCCAUCAAACCAACCACCAGCCCAACUGGCCCCAAGCUGCAACUUAUGGCAUGGAGAAACCCACCAGCCCAUCUGUUUACCAGCAGGACUUCUCCAACUCCAAGCAGAUGAUGAUGCCCAAUGUGCUGAACAAGAAUUCUCCCAAAGCGGCCGCCGCUGGAUACCUCCAAACCUCCACGAACCCCAAUGUGAUGGCCCACCCGCCCACAAGCUUGAACCAAAACUCUGUCAACAGCCAGGUGUCGGUGUUGAACUACAGGAACACCAAGCCUCUAUCCCACUACGAGUUGGACCAAGGGCCAAGAGUGACUCCGCCGGCUCAGAACAAAGCUGCCAUGCUGGCUUAUUUGCAGCAGCAGCAGCAAAGGCAACAGCAGUUGGCUCAUCUCACCGAGGAACAGAAACGGAUGAUCAAACAGAAACCUGGGCUGCCGUACCGACCUAUUGUGCCCCAAACUCAGGAUCAAAACUCUGUGCAGACUGUCGCCCGGGUUCCAGGCCCUGUCCCAACUGCAGGCAUGGGGCCCCAGCCACCAGCUACUGCCUUAGUAGGGAAACAUGGCAAUGCCACCUAUCUUAAUAACCAGCAACAAGCAGCAGUUCUUCAACAGCAGCAACAACACAUGCAACUUAUGGAAAAGCAGAAACAAUUAUUUAUAGGACAACGACAGCAGCUAAUGGCAGAACAGGAAAAGCAGCGUCACCAACAAGAGCAGCAGCUCCAGAGGCACCUCACACGGCCUCCUCCCCAAUACCAGGACCAACAGCAAAACCCCUACCAGCAGCAACAGCAGGUCAACCACUUUCAAGGCACAGCAUCCUCUCAAGGUCUGGUCAACAUGGGUAACCUGGGAGCACAGAGUGCCAGCAACCAGCGAAUGUUCUCCCAGAGUCAGGGCAUGAUGCAGAUGGGCAGAGGGCAAGCAGGUGCCCCCUCCUCUGCUGACCCCACAGCAAGCCAACCUGAAUUGGACAUGCCUGCUUACAACAGCAUGGAUAAUGUCCAGCCGGUAAUGUAUAAUAACAUGGGUGCUGCCAACCAGCUACACCCUCACGUAGCCCAGCAGAGUGCCAUGAGUGAUGCCCAGUUGCAGAGACAGCCUGUGAGAAUGGGCCAAAGUAGCACCGUGCCAACAGGCUACAGGCAGAACUUAAUGGGCAGUUCUGGUUUAACGACACAGCAGCUGCACAAGGGACCCACUAAUCAAGCACUUAUCAAGCAGCAGCAAAUGGCAAGGAUGCCCAAUGCUAUGGGUGCCCAAGCUCAGACUUGGCAGCACCAAGGUAUGCAGAGUAUGAACAACCAAACACCAGGGGGAGCAAACAACGGUCUUGGAGUAUUUAAUAACACUGGCUUUCACAUGCAGCAACAGCCACCAAAAAUGGCCAAUCAGCAGUUUAGCCAAGCUGGCCUCAAUGUCAAUCGGCCAGUAGCUGCAAUGAACUCUGCUGUUGCUGGGCAGAUGAUGCCAACUUUGGCACAGCAAAGGACCAACCAGCCUCCUCCUCAACAGCAGCAACCACAGCAACCAGUUGUAUCUGGAAUGAAUCAGCCAGUGCCUGACCUGACCAGUUUUGGUCAAGCUCAAAACCCUCAAAUGGUUAACCGGGCUAAUCUUCACUGUAGUCAGGGUUACCAAGUAAGGCCAGCCAAUCAGGAACUGCCGUUUAUUUACAGCGCUCAGUCAGGCAGCUUACAGAGUUUGCCCGGGGAAAGCGACUUGAUGGACUCGUUAAUGAAAAACAGGACUACAGAGGAGUGGAUGAAUGAUUUGGAUGAGUUAUUAAGAACUCAACAAUGAGUGGAAGAGAGAAACUUCUAUUCUGUAAAAAUCUUUAUACAAAAAAAAAACAAUUAUAAAGGACCAAAAACCUGUGGUUUCCAGGACUUGAAAUGACAAUGAUUAAAUUACUACUGAUCGUGUGGGUCGGUAUUAAACCACUGAUUCCAUGAUGUAUGCAGGGAUGAACAUGUUUUAAAUAUAUAGAUAUAUUACUAUUCUUCAAUGUAGUAGUUAAUGUGGGCUACAAUGCAGGAAUUGUAACACUUUGUGUGUAUGUGACUGUAAGGCAGAAUACCUGAGUUGGUGUUAAAGCCCAUGAACAAAAUGGCUGGCUGGCCCAGUGUGUGGAGCCAAAAUCUGGGAUUGAAAAGAUCCUUAGCUCAGUCCAGCUCUGUUUAAACCUGUACGUGCUUUUUAGUGUCCCCCCCUCCCUUUUUAUGUAAGAAUGUCAGAUGCCCAGGUAUCUCUUUUAAAAAUAAUAGUUAUCCCUGCAAAGGGGUAAUGCAGGUAAUCAUGUAAAGAAUUGCCGUAGCAUGUUUGAUUUCACUGUGUACUGGGGAAAAAUAACUGUUUCUUUUGGGCCCUGCAGUUUAUGCUGUCUAGAUUUAAUGCUGGAUUUUCACCUGGCAAUGAAAACAAGAUGAGGAGUAUUUCAGAGAAUACUCUCAAUUAAAAACCUCUGCAAUGAGCUCACUAUUUUGCAAGAGCCAAUCAAAUAGGUUACAGCACAUUUUACACUGUUAAAAUACUUAAGAUAUGUAAUCUUAUUUGGGAGGUAUUUUUUUUUGUAGAAAAUGCGGGGGGAUUUGUUUAUUUUUAUUUAAUAGAAAUUUAAAUAAGAUCAAAACACAUCUUGCAUGACUUCCAAGGUUAUUUCUCUUAAUUCUGAAAAUAUAAAGUUUAGUUUGAAAAUGUAUUAAAUGGGGUGAAAGGUGCACACUGCACACCAUACUUUAUAGAAAUAGUAAAAGAAACGUAAUAAAUUCAGUGACAAACAUUUUAACAUUGAAGACCCUGCGAGAGAUUCACUGUAUUCAUUUGAAUGUAUUUAGCUUCUUUUAGAAUUUCUAAAGGUAGCACUGUUGAGUGUUUAAUAGUUCUGGAUUCACGCUAUACUUCCUAUAUACGGAAUGAGAUUGUAACACAAAUGUACUAUGGUAACAAAAAAUGAACUACUACAAAUGCAAGACUAGAAUUUAUUUAUGGAAAUCAUAUUUAAAUGAACAAACUUGCUUUUUGUGUCCACAGUAUUUACAAUCAAAAUGUCAACAUAAACAAAUGACAUAACGCAGCCAUCAGUAUAUUAUAAUGUAUUUUAACCAGGACCUAGAAACUAACUACACUCAGCCCUCGUUAUAUUGCCCCUCGCUAUGCUGCGAAUUCGGAUAUAUCGCGGUCCUGGAAUUGGCUCCCUAUUUUUACUGUCUAACUGUGUAUGCCUUCGCUGCAAUAUACAUAGACACUUAGAAUUACUGUUCGUUUUAUUUCGUACUGUACACCACAAACAAUAUACAAAACAAUUAAAAACAAAGCAUUAAUAUCGUACUGUUAUCAUACACAUGUAUUGCACAAUAACACAAAGCAAAUUAAAUAUCUACUUGCUGAAGCUGUUUUUAUUUUAGCCAACGAGGUGUUCACGUGUGGAAGCAAUGCACUAGCAAAAGUCACAAGGCAGUCCUUUGUUGGGAAUGGAUUCAAUGCAUUGGGUUUGUGCAUUUCAGAAAGGAGAGGAAGACUCAUGAAAUUAAUUGGAGACUGAAGUUGGUAAGAAGCAAUUACCCUGUGCUGUACAAAUAAAACGGUGUGCUGCUUUUUAUAUGAAAAAUGAGAAAAAGCAGGUUGCGUAGAGGAUUGAUACUGGACCCUGAUGCCCCUGAUAAAAUGAAGGCGUGGUUGUACAGUAUUUGUCAGCCUAUUUGUUUUUCUAUGGGUCUCUUGCAAUGUCGCGGCUCUCGAUAUAUAGCAGAUUUAUAUUGGACCCCGACACCGGCGGUAUAUCGAGUGGGUGCUGUAUUAAUGCCCUGAAACUGUUUUUCAUGCAAAACAUUGUAGUCAGUGUACUCCUGGUUGCAUGGUAACUCACACUUUUCCACAGUUGUUUGUGAAGCUGUAUUUUAUUAGUAAGUCUGCUGAAGUAUCCAUUUGGUUGAAGCUGCAGGGUGUGCAACUAUUGAAACACUGUCAUCAAAUAAAUACCCCAGUCAAGAAUUUAAGUGCAAUUGAGAAAUUCACAAACUUGUUUUUGUCUGCGCAAAGCUAUUGCACUAUUUUGUGUAUCGUCCUUAGUUUUAAAGUUAAAUAAUUUCAGUUCUCAAAAAUCAACAACUUUAAACUGUAUUACUUAUUAAAUUAUGAACAUACAAUUCCUUUUAGUUAUGACUUGUAAUAAGUC